GCGGGGGCGGGGCGGCCGGCGCCUCCCCCGAGCCCGAGGGGCUGUACUGGGAGAUCCGCCCCGACAUCCGCCCGCUGGUGAAGCCCUACCUCACCACCAAGUACACCCUGCAGGAGCGGGAGCCGGGUCGCGGCCGCUUCGACCCGGACUCCUUCCUGUCGGGUCCCGCGCUGUUUUGCGGGGUGCCGCGACCCACCUACCGGCGCUGGCUGACGCUGUGGAUACGCGCCAUGCUGCGCUUCGCGGUGGGCCCCCACCAGGCGGCCUUCAACGCGCUGACGGUGGUGAUGUCACUGGACCUGCCGCUCAUGACGUUCAUGCUGCCGCAGGUCGUGCACGCCGUGUUGGUGAGCGGCUGCCCCGCUGCCACCGAGGCGGUGCGGCGGGAGGUGGUGGCGGUGCUGCAGGCGGGGGCGGCGGGGCCCGCGGAGGCGGACGGACAGCUGGAGCUGUACCUGCAGGCGCUGUUCGGUCUGCUGGACGUGUUGGGUCGCUGGGUGAAGGACGCCUGGCAGGCUGGCGGGGGCGACGGCUCGCAGCUGCUGGGGGCGGCGGCGGGCGGUGAGGACGAGGGCGAGGUGCCACAGCGGGCGCAGUGCGUGCGCGCCUUCAUCGAGAGCAUCCCCAAGGAGACGCUGGCGCGGGCGGCGUCCCGCUGCGGCGCGCACGCCCGGGCGGUGCAGACGUUCGAGGCGCACAUGCGGUCGGAGGCCAUGCGCGCGGCGCAGCAGCAGCCGGGGCGGCCGCUGCCCAGCAGUGGCGGCCUCAACGCGGCGGCGGAGGUGACGCGGCCGCAGUACAAGAACAUCAACGCAGAUGUGUCGUUCCUGCUGGAGGCGUACGGGCAGCUGGGGGAGCCGGACGGGCUGGCGGGGCUGUGCGCCAUGCGGCCCGGGGGGCUCAGCGAGGCGGACCAGGUGCUGGUGGCUGAGCGGG